AUGACAGUCCCAAAACCAGUCAUUGUCUUCGUGCCCGGCGCCUUCAGCCGGCCCUCCGACUUCGAUCUCGUCUCAGGCCCGUUACGCGAGGCUGGCUAUGAAGUCCACGUCGUCCACCACCCCUCGUCGCCCGACGUCCUCGUCCGGCCGACGCCUAGUAUGUACGACGACGCAGAGAACAUCCACCGCCUGGUGGAAAAGCUAGCCGACGAGGGCAAGGACAUCAUCAUAGUCAUGCACUCCUACGGCGGUCUCCCGGGAACACAAGCCUGUGAGGGCCUGAGCCGCCGCGAGCGGCGGAAAGCUGCCAAGCCGGGCGGCAUCGUGCGUCUCCUCUACGUCGGGGCCGCAAUCGCGCCGGUGGGCGCGUCGAUGGCUGGGGUCCUGCGCACUACGAUGCCGCUGCCUUCGGUCGAGGCUGCCGAUGGAAAGCCGUCCCUAUGGACGUCGGUCACCAUUGCUAUGGGGGGCCUGAUCCCCUUGUCGUGGACGGCGUGGCUGUUCUCACACUCCUCACUGGCUGCGUCCGUAGAAGGACUCUGGGCAUAUAACCGCAACCCGGAGAUCUUCACCGACUGGCUGCUCGCCGACAUGCCGCGGGAGGAAGCCCUGGGGUAUGCCUCGAUGUCUUCCUCGGUCGCGCAGUCUGUCAAGUCCACUGUGACCCCCCUCACCUACGCUGGGUACAAGCACAUCCCGUGCUCGUACUUUCUUACGCGGCUGGAUCGUGUCAACCCCCCCGAGGCUCAGCGAGGGUUCAUCGAGCUUGUGGAGAAGGAAAGCGGGGCUCGGGUUGACGUCCAUGAGUACGAGGUGGGACAUUGUCCUCAGCUGACCCGACCGCUCUGCGAGGUUGAGUGUGUGAGGCGGGUGGCUGAGAAUAUAUAG